UUUCUGGGGAAGGCAAACCUCUACUGCUUCUUUUUAUAACCUUUAAGUUAAUUCAGAAUCCAGAUAAGCCUGAAUCCGAGGAUGAUAUAACCACAGCAAGCAACAUGGGAACCUCUAAAGAAAUCAGGAAAGCCUCACAAAACAUGGUAUGAUGUCUACUGGUGGAGAGAGGCCCCGAGGUCCAAGGAGGAGGGGAUGGCCUGAUCCAGGGACAAUGAAGAUGCAAUGUUGAAGAAUAAGCUGGAGGAGAGAAGCAACAGGCACCAUGGAAAAAACCAAAACAAAGCAAGGAGAGAAUGAACAUAAGCCGAUGAAUAAUCCUUCCACACAGAUCUACCAGUUGCAGGCCCUAGCCUCUGAACUCAAAACUGGCUUCACAGAAGCAAUGCAAGAACUGUCAAGAAUUCAACAUGGAGAAUAUGCUUUGGAAGAGAAGGUUAAGAGCUGCAGAUGUUCCAUGGAAGAAAAAGUUACUGAGAUGAAGAAUUCAUUAAACUAUUUCAAGGAAGAGCUGAGCAAUGCUAUGUCAAUGAUCCAGGCUAUCACUUCCAAACAAGAAGAAAUGCAACAGAAAAUUGAACAGCUUCAACAAGAAAAGCGAAGAGAAUCUCGAAAAGUGAAAGCCAAGAAAACUCAGAAAGAAGAACAUGGCUCACAGCCCGGACCUGCUCAAGCACAAGGAAGUCCUUUCCGUUCCAUCAACAUCCCUGAGCCUGUUCUUCCAAGUGAGGACUUUACAAACCUUCUGCCUUCUCAGGCCUAUGAAAAAGCCCAAGAGUCCAGAUCCAUGCAUGUAGGAGACAGUAAUGUGAAGGGAAUGAUGGGUCCUGGAAUGAACCCAACAACUCCAGAAGCAGAAGAAAACCUUAAGUCUUGCCUCUCGGCUGAUAUCCAACCCAAGGGCCAUAUCCCAUCUGGUGUGUGGAGGCAGCCUAAGGAUGGUAAAGAAUGGGGCGAGGAAUACGUCACGAAAGACCACCCAGAUAAACUCAAGGAAACUGUCCAGGGCAGACACAGCUCCUUGGAAAAUGUUUUAUGUGAAACCUCUUUAGCUGCUAAAAGACAGACUGUGGCUCUAGAACUGCUUGAAUCAGAAAGAAAAUAUGUCAUCAACAUCUCUCUGAUCCUGAAGAUCAAGGCAACAUUCCAGGGGUCAGAUGGAAAGAGGAAUUCCAAAGAGAGAAGCCUCUUCCCUGGCUCUUUACGGUACCUUGUCCAGCAGCACCUGGAUUUGCUUCAUGCUCUGCAGGAAAGGGUCUUGAAGUGGCCACGCCAAGGAGUCCUGGGAGAUUUAUUCCUUAAGUUAACAAAUGAUGAGAAUAAUUUUUUGGAUUAUUAUGUUGCUUACUUGAGGGACCUGCCUGAAUGCAUCUCUUUGGUUCAUGUGGUUGUUCUGAAGGAGGGUGAUGAAGAGAUUAAGUCUGACAUCUACACACUGUUUUUUCACAUAGUCCAGCGCAUCCCUGAAUAUCUGAUACAUCUGCAGAAUGUCCUGAAAUUCACAGAGCAGGAACACCCUGACUAUUACUUACUUCUGGUGUGUGUUCAGCGCCUGCGAGUAUUUAUCUCACACUACACCCUGCUAUUUCAAUGCAAUGAGGAUUUGCUUAUUCAGAAACGAAAGAAGCUCAAGAAGUCAUCCAUGGCGAAGCUGUACAAAGGGCUGGCUUCCCAGUGUGCAAACGCCGGGCAAGAUUCUUCUCCCACUGCAGGCCCUGAGGUUGUCCGUGACAGUGGGAUCCACUCCGAGGAGAUGCUGCAACCCUACCCUUCUGCUCCCAGUUCUGGCCCUGCUGUCACGCAUUUGAUGCCCCCGGUGAAGAAAAGCCAACAACAGCAAAGCUUGAUGGAGAGCAUGCAGCCCGGGAAGCCCAGUGACUGGGAGAUGGAGGGCAGAAAGCACGAGAGGCCCGAGAGCCUCCUGGCGCCGGCGCAGUUCUGUACCGCUGAGCAGGACGUGAAGGCGCUCGCCGGGCCCCUGCAGGCCAUCCCGGAGAUGGACUUCGAGCCCUCGCCCGCGGAGCCGCUGGGCAACGUGGAGCGCUCCCUGCGCGCCCCGGCGGAGCUCCUGCCAGACGCCCGCGGCUACGUGCCCGCGGCCUACGAGGAGUUCGAGUACGGCGGCGAGAUCUUCGCGCUGCCCGCGCCGUACGACGAGGAGCCCUUCCAGGCCCCAGCCCUCUUCGAGAACUGCUCGCCCGCCUCUUCCGAGUCCAGCCUGGACAUCUGCUUCCUGCGGCCCGUCAGCUUCGCCAUGGAAGCCGAGCGGCCCGAGCAUCCGCUACAGCCUCUGCCCAAGAGCGCCACGUCGCCGGCGGGCAGCAGCGGCGCCUACAAGCUGGAGGCGGCGGCGCAGGCGCAGGCGCACGGCAAGGCCAAGCCGCUGAGCCGCUCGCUCAAGGAGUUCCCGCGCGCGCCGCCCCCCGAGGGCGUGGCCCCGCGCCUCUACAGCACGCGCAGCAGCAGCGGCGGCCGCGCGCCGCUCAAGUCCGAGCGCGCCGCGCAGCCACACGGCCAGGCCGCCUCCGCCCGUGGCGCGCCCAGGACCUUCUUUCCCCAACAGAGGUCCCAAAGCGAAAAGCAGACCUAUUUGGAAGUAAGGAGGGAGAUGCAUUUAGAAGACGCCACCAGAUUCUGUCCAAAGGAAGAAAGAGAAAGCGAACAGACAUCUUUCAGCGAUCAAAACCCCAGACAAGACCAGAAAGGGGGCUUUCGCAGCUCCUUCCGCAAGCUCUUUAAAAAGAAAAAUGGGAACGCAACUGGUGAAGAUUUCUGUGGUCCUUGGGGCUGGUGGUGACAUCAAAGCUUUCCCAUUUCCAGGGACUUCAGACAUGAACAGACUGGAGAAGGUGCAGAGCUGGAAUGGAUUACCCAACUGGCUUAACCAAGAGAAAGGAAGAAUACACCCUCAACUGGUGACUCAAUUGGACUGUUUGAGUUAUUGCCUCUUGAUUGGUCUCCUAUGUGGUGGUGGUUGAGAUAAUAGAAUCUCCUUAAUCUGACUACUGUACUUAUUUCUGCAUUCUACCAAAUGUAGCGUAUGUGUGCGGUUGGCUUCAAUAAAUUUUUCAUUUAAAAAUGAAAAUAAGCAAAAGCAAGAGUUUGUAAUGUAAUGCCCAAAUUAAGUAAAUGCCCUUGAUAACCUUGAUCGAGAACAAUGAAUCCCAUCCCUUAAAAUGUAAGGGCCUUGGUAAUUUGUGGCAUAGUUGCUUGAUUGAAUCAAAAUAGGAUUUACUGAAUUUUCCAAGCCUUUAUUCCCUAAGCCUUUUACGAUGGUAUCACACAGUUUCUUACAUUGACAUACACAGUGGUCACAAUUGUCCCCAGAAAGCAUUAGAAAAGUAAACUCUUUAUGUUCACUGCAAAUCUUAGUUACACAUGUUCUGAGUCAUGAAAUUCAAGGGAAGUAAAAUUACUCCAUGUCUAGGAGGCAACUGUUUUACAAAUGCAAAACAAUUUGGAUAGAUAAAAUAUUUGAAAACAAUUAAAACCAAAUCAACCUGUACUUUAUCUGUGUGCUGAGAUUUUAGGUCCAGUGGAUCAGAAUACAGGGAAAAAACUAAUGAGAAUCCCUCAAUGGAUCCUUCACCCACCAAACAAGAUUUCUUCAGAAACCGACUUGCUCUUGCAAAUGACCUUGACCAAGGAACAGCUGUGUAAAACAUACUUAAAGUUGUAUUGUCAAGUGGUAAGAUGAGGAUAAAAAGCUUGUAUAUAUCUGUGUAGGAGUCUAUAUAUAUAUAUUGAUGUAUAAAUCCCUGAGGAAAACUAAUAUAAAUACACAUGAAACUAAAUCAACAUACAAGACAUUGAAGAGAUGAAGAUUAGUCUAUGGUUGAGAGCUGGCCUUUUGAACCUCAACACUUGGGAAAAGGGAAACGAAGACUUUUCACAGCAUUACAGAAAAACACAAUAAAUUUGGAGGAAAAUAAACGUUUGUAAGAACAAAAACUUCCACCUUGAAGUCAUUCCCCCAGUAUAAUAUUGAGCAUGUUCCUAUUUAACAUGGAUGUGAAUUUUGUGCUUCCUAGGUAUUUAGCGUAUUAAUUCAUCCCAGUGUUCUUAGACUAAUAUACACAAUGUUAGGGGCCAGUUCUGUCUUGCCUAUGUCUUCCCGAACCCCCAAGGCAAUACAUAACAUUCUUUAGGCAAAGAGGUCAGUUCACAGAAUUGCAUUUUACAUGUUGGAAAUAUAAGUUGUGGAGAAUUUGUGUUUAAACCAUGACACAGAAGGUUCAAAGCUUAAAGACAUAUAGGUCUCCAAAUAGGAAAACAACCUUAAGAGUAGUAUUCCUCUUGUUCUAUGGUUAUGAAAAUCAGUUUCCUUUCUGGAAACUGGGAGGCCAGAGAAAUAUUUUCCCUUUUGUGGGUUGUGCUGCAGAUGUUUU